AUGGCGUUUAUUAAAGAGGAGAGUGAAGAUGUGAAGAUUGAAGAAACAAUCACAGUCAAACAGGAAGAUCUGCAGGAACAAACAGACCUAAUUGAAGAGAAUGAGGGGAGUAAAGAGGAGGAACAUCAUGUCAAAAUUGAGGAAAAAACUCAUUUACAGACUGAUGAUAUUUUGAAAAGGAGAGACAAGAAUUGUUUCACCUGCACUCAGUGUGGAAAGAGUUAUGGAAGUAAAGGCUAUCUUAAGAUUCACAUGAGGAUCCACACCGGAGAGAAACUAUUCACAUGCCCUCAGUGUGGGAAGAGUUUUGGAAGAAAAAGGGAACUUAAGAUUCACAGGAGGAUCCACACUGGAGAGAAACCAUUCACAUGCACUCAGUGUGGAAAGAGUUUCAGCCGAUCAUCACACCUUAAUGAACACAUGAUGAUUCAUACCGGAGAGAAACCAUUCACAUGCACUCAGUGUGGAAAGAGUUUUGGAAGAAAUUUAGAUCUUAAGAUUCACAUGAUGAUUCACACUGGAGACAACCCAUUCAGAUGCACGCACUGUGGGAAGAGUUUUAGCCAAUCAUCAUCCCUUAAUCAACACAAGAAGAUCCACACUAGAGAGAAACCCUUUACUUGCACCCAGUGUGGAAAGACCUUUAACUACUCAUCACACCUUUAUGAACACAUGCGGAUUCACACUGGAGAGAAACCAUUUACAUGCACUCAGUGUGGGAAGAAUUUCAACCAAUCAUCAAACCUUAAUCGACACAUGAGGAUCCACACUAGAGAGAAACCAUUCACAUGCACUCAGUGUGGGAAGAGUUUCAUCUGCUCAUCAUCCCUUAAUCUACACAUUAUGAGCCACACUGGUGAGAAACUUGCACUUAAGCAGCGGUCACAAUGGACUUUUUCCCCCAUGGAUUUCCAUUCAUACGCACGGGAAUGUGUCAGACCGGAAACCAAGUUUGUGUGUCAAGUUUCGCAGUUCACUGCAUUGCAAAGUUCAAGCUUGGUGAACUCUGACCUGCAAAAUCGCAUCACUUGAC